AUUGUGUUUCUUUUCUCACCUCUGUUUCUGGUUAUUAUUGAAGUUGUAGAGGGUUAGGGGAGUGAUGGAGUUUGAAGCGUCGGGUAUCGGCGAGGAGUGCGGCGUGUUCGGCUGUGUGGCGGCCGGCACGUGGCCCACUCACUUGGACGUCCCGCAUGUUAUCACCCUGGGUCUGGUGGCGCUGCAACACAGAGGUCAGGAAAGUGCUGGAAUUGUGACAAGUAAUGGGAGUUCCCCACCAUUGUACAUGACACACAAGGGAAUGGGCCUUGUAAGCAGUAAUUUUCGUGAAGAACAAAUAAAAAAGCUUCGCAGUGGAAAUCUGGGUAUAGGACAUACGCGAUAUUCUACAUCGGGUAUUUCUGAAUUACAGAACUGUCAACCAUUUGUGGUGGAAACACUUCAUGGAAAGAUUGCUUUAGCUCACAAUGGAGAAUUGGUCAAUGCAAAACAAUUAAGAAUGAAGGUACUACGUCAUGGGGUUGGCUUAUCAACCAGCUCUGACAGUGAGCUUAUUAUGCAACUUCUAGCUCUGACCCCACCAAAGGAAGAAGCCGAUACACCUGACUGGGUGGCCAGGAUUAGAAAUUUGAUGACUGCAACAUCUACCUCUUACUCAAUACUGAUUAUGUAUAAAGAUGUCAUCUAUGCGGUCCGUGAUCCUUAUGGAAAUCGUCCCUUGUGCAUUGGCUGCCUUGUACCGGUUUCAAAGAUGCAGAGUUCAAGAGAACCAGAUAUUGAAACAGAACCUGAAGGAUGGGUGGUUUCUUCGGAAUCGUGCAGUUUCCAAUCUAUUGGGGCUAGAUAUUAUCGUGAAAUAUUACCAGGGGAAAUAGUACAAAUCUCUAAGAAUGGAAUAAAGACACUUGAUGUCGUACCAAGGGCUGGGGGAGAUCCGCCUGCAUUCUGUAUCUUUGAGUAUGUCUAUUUUGCCAGACCUGAUUCCAUUUUUGAAGGACAGAUGGUGUAUACAGUUAGGCAGCGUUGCGGGCGGCAACUUGCUAUUGAGGCACCUGUUGAUGCAGACUUAGUCAGCACAGUUCCAGAAUCAGCAACACCAGCAGCACUUGGUUACGCACAAGAGGCAGGACUACCUUAUGUAGAAGUACUAUGUAAAAAUCGUUAUGUGGGCAGAACUUUCAUUCAACCAAAUACAAGAUUGCGUCAACUUGGAGUGGCACAGAAAUUUGGAACCUUGAGUGACAAUUUUGUUGGAAAACGGAUUGUGCUAAUAGAUGAUUCGAUUGUACGUGGAAAUACAAUUUCUCCAAUUAUUAAAGUCUUAAAGGAAGCCGGUGCCAAAGAGGUACACAUUCGUGUGGCUUCGCCUCCAAUACGAUUCCCUUGUUACAUGGGAAUCAACAUUCCAACAAAAGAAGAACUGAUUGCCAAUAAACCAGAAUUUGAAGAUCUUGCAGGAUAUUUAGGUGCAGAUAGCGUGGUUUAUCUCUCUGUUGAUGGACUGCUAUCUUCUGUACAACAGGGAAUUAAGAUGCAAACAAAUUCCAUACUAAACAAUACAGGAAAUGACAAAAAAUCAGUGAGGCAAAUGGGUCACUGUACAGCCUGUCUCACAGGAAAGUAUCCCGUGGAGCUUGAAUGGUAAAGUUGCUUAUGUAGUUAUUAUUCAGUACAUUUAUUUUUGCAGAUUUUUUAAUUUCCUCAAAGAAUGUGCUCGGGUUAGCAUCUACGUCAAAGAAUGUGCUCAACAUCUCAAUAUCUUUUGUCAGUCAGUUGAAUGUUUUAUUCACCUUACAGGUAAUUCCAACCAUUCUUGGUGGUGCCAGAAUUAUUUACAUUAUGCACACACAAAUCUGUAUCCUCAAUUACAUCCUCCUUGCACUUCUAUACUGCCUAGGCUGAGUGCAUCACAUCAUUGUAGAAUUUUUACAGAUCUUCCUUGUUUCAGGAGAAUGGAUUUAUUUGAAGUAAUUCUAUCAACAAAGAACUGCAAUUUCAGUUGUCUUAAAUAUUUUAGAAAUUAUGGCAUAAAAAUUAUUAAACUUACAGAGCAAAUCAAGUAUGGAAUGAUCUUGGAUAAUGCUUGUAUAUAUUUUACCUUCAUUGGUUUGUUUCAAUUUCUAAUGGUAACAUAUUGCAAUAUAGCUUGUCAUGGAUACUAAUGGGAGGAUAGAAACAUAGAAACUAGGUGCAGGAGUAGGCCAAUUCGCCCUUCGAGCCUGCACCGCCAUUCAUUAUGAUCAUGGCUGAUCAUCCAACUUAGUAUCUUGUACCUGCCUUCUCUCCAUACCCCCUGAUACCUUUAGCCACAAGGGCCACAUCUAACUCCCUCUUAAAUAUAGCCAAUGAACUGGCCUCAACUACUUUCUGUGGCAGAGAAUUCCAGAGAUUCACCACUCUCUGUGAAAAAUGUUUUUCUCAUCUCGGUCCUAAAAGAUUUCCCCCUUAUCCUUAAACUGUGACCCCUUGUUCUGGACUUCCCCAACAUCAGGAACAAUCUUCCUGCAUCUAGCCUGUCCAACCCCUUAAGAAUCCCUCUAUAAGAUCCCCCCCUCAAUCUUCUAAAUUCUAGCGAGUACAAGCCGAGUCUAUCCAGUCUUUCUUCAUAUGAAAGUCCUGACAUCCCAGGAAUCAGUCUGGUGAACCUUCUCUGUACUCUCUCUAUGGCAAGAAUGUCUUUCCUCAGAUUAGGAUACCAAAACUGUAUGCAAUACUCCAGGUGUGGUCUCACCAAGACCCUGUACAACUGAAGUAGAACCUCCCUGCUCCUAUACUUUUGCUGUGAAUGCUAACAUACCAUUCACUUUCUUCACUGCCUACUGCACCUGCAUGCCUACUUUCAAUGACUGGUGUUGCGUAACAUGGCACCAGAUCAAAGUGCGGUUGGGUGAAGGAAGUUUCAUGACAAACUCAAUUUUAUUUUUAAGUGCAAGACUUCAUUCAGUUGAGUUAAACAUUUAUUGUACAUUUUGCGUUCAAAUACUCUUAUACUGACUGCUCGCUAAUUCAUUAUCUACUCAAAUUGCCAAAGGCUGCGACACAGUUUAAAAGUAGUUAACUCAGUGGAAGUGGCCAUUUAAUUUUAAUAUACAACUGGCUGUUCUAUAAAUAAAAUCAAUGUGUUUUUUGUUUUCGAUUACAAUAAUUUUUCUCACAUGGUGAAGUAAAACCUUCAAUUUCCUGUAUUUUUGAUUUUAGAAUAUUAGUUAUCAAUCAUUGUACAUUAAGAAUGUAAUGGUGUCUUUGUCUUAUAUGAAGAUUACUUUCAUAUGAAAGAUGUAGAUAGUGGGCUCAACUCGCCUCCCCAUAAUGCUGAAGCUUUCCAAGUUAAUUUUGUCCCAUAAUCAUUACUGAUAAUUAAUUGACAAAAUAAUUCUAAUUCUUACUUUUAGAACUCCUGGAAGUCCAAUUUUUGUUUAAUGCAUCAUGUUUCGAUUUAUCUGUAAGACAAAAUGAAAUCAAUUUUUAUUUUCUGACUGUAAAUCACUUUGCAUUUCAAUAUUAUGUCUUUAAGCAUUAAUUGGACAUAUUGAACACAUGGUGGAAAAUUGUAAAUUGUAAUUUUUGUUCUGCAUAACAAUAUGUAAAACAUUUAACUCCAUCCUCUUGGUCUGAACAAUGCUCAGGAUGGCAUCAGAUGUGUAUGUAUACAAUUCUGUCCAUUAUUAUGAAUGAAUAUGAAAGUGAAUAGUUUUUUUAUUAAAAAGUUUGAUCUUUUUGUAUGUGAAUAAUA